AUGGGUAAAAUUGUUUUUACUGGUUCCACUGGCGCACUUGGUUCAAGAGUUUUACGAUAUUUAUUUGAAUUUGGUGUUAACCCAAAAGAUAUAAUAAUAUCUGUUUAUAAUCCAAAUGGUAUUGAUCCUCAAUUAGAAAAAAUUGUUUUUGAUGUACGUCAUGGAGAUUACAAGAAAAAAGAAACUCUUGAAAAAGCAUUUCAAGGUGGAGAAGUUUUAUUUCUAGUCUCAUCUAUUACAAUUAACAAUGAGAAACGAACUGAAGAACAUCGAAAUGCUAUUGAUGCAGCAAUAAAUGUUAGAAUUAAGCAUAUUUAUUAUACGAGAUCAUCAAUUGCAGAUACAAGAGAUGUCGAAAUAAUGAAAGCACAUUUAAAUACAGAAGACUUACUUAAAUCAUCACCAGUUAAAUAUACAAUUAUUCGUGAAGGAUUUUAUUCCGAAGUUUNCGAUGAAAAUAUAAAUAAUUAUGAUAAUUACAUAGGUACAGUUAAAGACUAA